UUUGGAUGCAAAUGCGCCUCGCCUUGCCUCGCCUCUCAUCGAAAUCGACGUCUACCUUUGCUGGCAUCUUGUCAAGCGCCAGCACAUCAUCAUGUCAUCUUGAAGCAUUUCCUCAAGUCCAAGCUGAUCGUGACCCCAAAACCAUGUACGUGGGCUACUUACUGGAUAAAGAGAGCGGCAUGUAUCACCACCAAGGCCCCGUGCGAAGAUCCAGCAUCAAUUUGCCCCCCCAGAACUUCGUGUCGUCGCCGCAGUACCCCGAUUUUAGCGGAUACCACCACGUCCCCAACGUGGACUCGCACGGCCAGGCGGGGGGCGGCUGGGGGCCAUCGGCCUACGGGGCCCCCCGAGAGGACUGGGGGGCCUACGGCGUGGUGCCACCCAAUCCGCUGGCCGCGCCCGUCAACAACUCGUCGCCAGCGCAGGUGUCCUACUGCUCGACCGAGUACACCCACAUGCACCCGCCGCCCGCCUCGGCCUCCGUUUCGUCCUCGGUUUCGGCCUCGGCUUCGGCCGUCCUGCCGCCGCCCCCGCCGGACGUCGGCGGCGCGCACGUGUCGCCCGACCGGGAAAGGCGCAACUCUUAUCAGUGGAUGAACAAAACGGCGCAGUCCUCCUCUACAGGGAAGACAAGGACGAAGGAGAAGUACCGGGUGGUCUACACGGACCACCAACGGCUGGAGCUGGAGAAGGAAUUCCACUUCAACAGAUACAUCACCAUCAGGAGGAAAGCCGAGCUCGCUGUACACCUGGGAUUGUCCGAGAGACAGGUGAAGAUCUGGUUCCAGAACCGCCGUGCCAAGGAGCGUAAACUGAUCAAGAAGAAGAUGGGCCAAUCGGACGGCAGUGGUGGUUCGGUGCACAGUGACCCAGGUUCUGUCAGCCCGCUGCCCGUGCCAGGCUCUCUGAGUCCCACGGACAUCCACGGGGCACUCUACCCCCACGCUCAUUCCCAUCCCCACCCGCACCCGCCACAGGCCGUCAGCACGUUGCCGCCCAUCAGGAAUAUACAGCAAGUGACUGUGAGCCAGUGACGCGCUGGACGGCAAAAAACGCGUAUCCAAACGGAGCACUCCGACACUCUUCGCAUCGCUUUUUCACAACAAUAUUUCCCAUAACUUAGGAGAAAUGGGCUUCAGGUCAAGCAGUGUGGGGCUUCCAGCCAUGCAGGGUGGGGCUUCAGGCCAUGCGGGGCGGGGCUUCUCAAAGCGAGAUGUUUUUUUCAAUGUCAUGUGUUUGUUUGUUCAUAAAAUAACUCAGGUGAUAUUCAUGUUAACUCAUUACCUGCCAUUGACAGCGAUAGACAUCAAAUCCAUUUUAACUGGGGUGAGCUGAAUUAUUAUGUUUCAGUGCCAUUGACGGCGAUAAAUGUCCAAUCCAUCUUGACUGGGAGGGGCUAGCACCAAUCGAACGAAUGCUUUCAAACUCCCCCACAGUAAAAAUGGAUUGGAUGGCUAGGCAUGUAUCGCCAUCAACGGUAGCCCGAGCCAGUGACUUAAUUUACGAAAAACAUUAAAGCCACUGGAAGAGUAGGACGGUUGUUGAUCAGUAAGUUUCAGUGUUGUACAUUUUAAUAUGCCAAAGUUUUUGUGUGGUGAGUGUAAAAACAGCAAUUUUUUAGAGUAACUCCAGUUAGUCUAUCGCCGUGUCUGGCAGCCAGUGAGUUAAGUGUUCAAGUGUAA